GCGCUCUCUGCGCAUGCUCCUUGCGCUGUAACUGCUUCCGGCUUGGGCUCCACUUCCGGCUGGGCGGCCGGCGCCGGCCUGGCGCUGCUCCAGCCAUGUCCACGCUCUUCCCCUCGCUGCUGCCCCGCCUCACCGAGUCGCUCUGGUUCAACCUCGACCGGCCGUGCGUUGACGAGACCGAGCUGCAGCAGCAGGAGCAGCAGCACCAGGCCUGGCUGCAGAGCAUCGCUGAGAAGGACAACAACUUGGUGCCCAUAGGAAAGCCAGCAUCUGAGCACUAUGAUGAGGAGGAAGAGGAGGAUGAUGAAGAUGAUGAAGACAGCGAAGAAGACUCAGAAGAUGAUGAGGACAUGCAGGAUAUGGACGAGAUGAAUGAUUAUAAUGAGUCUCCUGAUGAUGGGGAGAUCAAUGAGGUGGACAUGGAGGGGACAGAGCAGGAUCAGGACCAGUGGAUGAUCUGAUUCUUCCAGAACCGCACCAAACUGGAGGCUGAGGGAGAGCCUUUGUACCCCCAGGGCUCUAGGGGACAGUUCAGUGAAGCUCCUCUUGCCAAAGGUGCUGUGUGGGGCAGGGGGUUCAGAGGGAAGCCCCCCAGCCCGGGGGAGCCAGAGGGGAGACUGCCACCCG